ACCACUGCUGUCUGCAUGAUCAGCAGCCUUUCCCACCACCGGCUCAGGCUGAAGCAGCUACAUUUGAAAAAGCAGGGUCGUCAUUUGAGACUGCUGAGAGCGGGAGGGGGGGGCGGCGGCCGCUCAUUGGCUCUGCUCGCUGUAGGCUGCGCCGCUGACUCCGCCGCGCUGGAGAGCGUCCGCGCUUCACGACGCGCUCAGGAAUUCAGCAGCAACGCGAGGAGACGUGAGCAGCGGCGCACGAGCCUGAACUCGGCUAAAACCCUUAAACGGAGGCAUGAUUUCGGAGCGCAGGCUUUCUUCAGCAGCAGCAGCAGCGAGCCAAAACACUGGAGCCAGCAGCUUAACCAGCUUUUGUUCCCCUCGCUGUUUCUGAGCAGGGAGAGGAAAGCAGCGCUGUCCCGUGCUGGAUGGAUGGUUAUGGGGAAAGGAGCGCGAGCCUCGGCGCUGGAAGUCGCCAAGAUCCUCUUCGUGUUUCUCUCCUUCUGUCCGGACGUCUCACUGCAGUGCAAGAUUCUGAAGUGUAACUCAGAGUUCUGGGCAUCCACCCCGAGCUCCGGCCCCAAGGAGGAGUUCUGCACAGCGCUGCGCGCCUACAGCAGUUGUGUCCGUCGCACAGCCCGCACCUGCCGGGGUGACCUGGCCUACCACUCUGCCCAGCAUGGCAUUGAGGACCUCAUGACCCAGCACAACUGCUCUAAGGAAGGCCCAACAGCCUCACCCCGUGCCCGUACACCUCCGCCCCUGGCCCCACCCCUACCGCCACAGACUGAUGUCCAUGUGCCCUCAGAUGGCCCCGAGGUGUGCCACUAUGAGCGUAGCCUCCCGCGCCACUCCGCACCACCCAACUACACGCACUGUGGGUUCUUCGGAGACCCACACCUGCGCACCUUCAAUGAUGACUUCCAGACAUGCAAAGUGGAGGGCGCGUGGCCACUCAUCCACAACAAGUACCUGUCUGUGCAGGUCACCAACACACCAGUAUUGCCCGGCUCUGCAGCCACCGCCACUAGCAAGCUUACAAUUAUCUUCAAGAACUUCCAGGAAUGUGUGGAUCAGAAGAUGUAUCAUGCGGAAACAGAUGAGCUUCCGGCAGCUUUUGCAGACGGAUCAAAGAAUGGAGGUGACCGGCAUGGGGCUAACACUCUUCGAGUGGUGGAGAAGGUUCCUGGCCAGCACGUUGAGAUCCAGGCUCGCUAUAUUGGCACCACCAUUGUGGUACGGCAAGUGGGCCGUUAUCUAACGUUUGCGGUGCGGAUGCCUGAGGAGGUGGUAAACUCUGUGGAGGACCAGGAGAAUCAGGACCUUUACUUGUGCUUGCACGGUUGCCCUGCAAACCAGCGCAUCGACUUCAGGACCUUCCAGGCGCGGGCUGCCGAGAGCCAAAGCUCAGCAAGGGCAAAACCUGAGAAUCCUUCCCAUGGCUUCACCUACCAGUCAGCCAUGGCCAAGUGCAAGGAGCGCCUCCCGGUGGAGGACCUGUACUUCCAGUCCUGCGUCUUUGACCUGCUGUCUUCCGGGGACAUCAACUUCACCCUGGCGGCUUACUAUGCUUUCGAGGAUGUUAAAAUGCUGCACUCCAACAAGGAGAAGCACCACCUCUUUGAAAGGGAUACUGACAUGUUUAACGCAGCCCCCAGGGAAUCUAACUUUGGCUUGUUGAUUCUCUUUAACCUUGUUGCCAUAUCUUUGUGGACUGAUUUGUGCUACUUGUGUCUGUAGUUUUCCGUGUAGGUGUCUUUUUGUUGUCUCGUGAUGGUUGUUGGAAAGCUUUGUGUUUGUGGAAACACAGCUUUCUCCAUUGUCGCGUCCAGAGGCUGAACCUGGGGGCUUUCAGUCUUGUAUGUCAUCACACCCACCCUAGCCAUGGACUCAUCUGUGUGUUGUCAUUGAAUGUACAUCCAUUGAGCCAGAGCAGGAGCAGUUCUGGAUCUGUCACAGAGUUCAAACGGCAGGUUUCAGGACUUCAGGAGGCAGUGGUGAGAGACUCCAGGUCUUCUGGAGGCUCAGAGUGGGAUUAAAACCCUUCAACUCCUCCUCCCUGCCCACCUCUUGUUCCCACUGAAGCAAGAUGCCGCUGUGGGUGGAGGGGGAUGAUCCCCUUGCAGAAAGAAAAUUGGGCGUUGAAGUUGUUCUCCAGCUGUCUACUGCCAAGAAGGGAGGCCUAGUAUGUGUCUUCUGGAACAGGACUACGAGACAUGACAGGAGCUUUUAUUAACCUCUGUUGAAGAAGGGAGAUCUGCAGGAGCUUCUUGUCUUUGAUGAGGUUCCAGCUUUGGAAAAAGUGCAAGCUUUUUCUGGAAAACACCCCUAGCCAAAGCUGUGUCAUACCAGUGAGUCGCGCUGACUAUGUCGGGAUUAAUGAGCCAUAACGGCAGGUCAUUCUUGUAAAGUGUGUGCGUAUCAUGCAAGUGUGGUGGUGAAAUGUUCUGUGUGUUUGUGUGUGUUCUUGCGAGCUGUAGGACAGAAAUAUUUCCGAAUGUCUUUAUAUUGCACCCAUGGUCCUAAUUUAGCUCUGGCGUGGUGGUUCAUGGGUCAGAAAGGAGAUCUUGCUGCCUGCCAAGAGUUGUCUCCUUCAUGAAUUGGCAGGCAGUUUGGAAAAAAAUUCCCAUUUCACUGUUCCUGUGUCAUAGUCAUCCAACAGAUUUUAAACACACCCACAUUGCUUAGGCAUUACAAUCCUGGGAAUAUUUAUAGCCUUUUCUGGUGUUACAUUGGCUGUCUAAGUUCAUUUGGACUCUGUUUGAUUUCACCUAUGAAUGCAGCCCAGAAUUAAUUUGAGGGCACAUAGCGAACAAGUAUCUCAACGAAUGUGUUUACUGAGUAAAUGCCAUUGUUUAGAUGGGGAAGCUUGUAGUCCAAGCCAUACGACUGGCCCAGGACUAAACGGACUUGUGUUGAGCACAUGUACUUUGGAGGGAAAAAUAAAAUCAAGUCAGUUGGCAACUCAACAGCCAUGAACACGUAGCAGAGGUGGAGAUGUUGAGCCAAGAGGCUGACUUUUGGCGAAAGAGAUGGGACCCAGGCUGAUCCAUCAGUCAUCUUGACUGCUUCUCAAAGAAUAAAGCCUCGCUCUCCAUUUCAAAAGGGGUGUCGACGUGGCUGUGCUGUAGGGCCCAUUUGACUCGCAAACUCUCUGUAGAUCUGUGAAUUUAUGGUAGCGGCCUUUUGCCAAAGAACGAGCCCCACUGCCAGCGAUUUCCCUGAACAGCUGAAUUCUCCCCUGCUUCCCUCUUGGGACGUUUGUGGUUCGCUCAAAUAUUUGGAUUCAAACCAGACGGCCUGGUUGUGUAUAAUACUGGAAGGUGCUGCUAAAGUAGAACGGGAUGGAUGGACUUUUCCUGUGCAGAGGCACCAAGGCAUAUGCCAUGCAUUUCUUGAGAUGGUUAAGAGUGGACGGGGGGGUUAAGAGAGGAGUAUCAUUACACCUGUCACUAGACUUUUUAUAGACGAACAAGAGAAGCAUGCACAAACGCACACAGACACUGUUUCUUGGGGGUGGGUCCGGGUCCCAGUUUUUUUUUUGUGGCAUUUCUCAAUAGACUGAAACUUUUUUUUUUUUUAUUAUUAUCUGGCAGAUUUGGACAGUAGAGUAAGUAAUAGCACCAGGAGGCCUGCUGUAUUACGGUUAUUUAUAACAUUCUGAACCACAAGUCUUGUACUUGGUAGAAUUAUGGUACUGAGUAAUUCUUAAGAUACCAGGAAUUCAAAGGCUCCGUUUGCAAGUUUUUUUCUUUCUGAAGUCCAGACAUGUCCACUAUCAUCAUAAUGUAUCCCAUGACACAGCUAACUGCUGAAUGUGUUCCUUAAGUGUUCCAUAAGGUUUUUGAGUUCAAAGUGGAAAAAAAAUUAGUGUAUUUAAACAGAUGGAAUUGUUUGAGACAUAGUUUCUUCCUAGUAAUUUAUUUCUACACUGUAAAGCUCUACAGGCCUUAACUACUGCUUCAGAAGCCUGUGCUGGUGCAGUCCGUUCACGAUUUUAAAAGAAAUUCUCAAACUAAACAGCAAGAGGAAAAAAAUAGACUCUCUUCGAAUCUUGUGUUCGUGUGCUUAGUGUUGUCAGUUCUGUAUAGCUCUAACUGUGUAAUGUGAGUUGUACAUACGUUUGUGAGGUGUUCAUUUGGCAAAAGUGUUUGUGUUGAAUUUUCAAUCUUCUCUUUUUGGUUGUGAGUGGAAUCAAUGAAUGUUACCUUUAUAUUUAAAGGGAUAUCGUGUACAUGAAUACCUCAAACACCACAAACAGUAGUAGCAGUUCUCUAAAACCUGAUUGUGCUAAACCUAAAUCCAUAUGGUAAUUCAGUAUGACACGAAAUAAGCAGUUUUGUGGUGUUUGUGUUCAUUACAAAAGCACUUUAUGUUUUUAUGCUCUUCUAGCUCUUACUUGGUUGAACUUGAUUGUGAAUAGAAGAUUAUCACACUUGUAAUGUUAGAGGACAAAACGAGUGAAUGAAACAUUGAUGUUAAACAGGCAGAAGCCAGACCGAUCAAACUGGUUUUGUAUGUAGGAUUCAAAAUGGUGCCACACACCACCUGUAUAUAAUGUAAAUUAUUUAUUGAACAUGAAAAUAAAAAAUGUCUUGUUGAACUGUUUUGGA